CAGACCACUGCGCCAUGCCUACGCUUUAUAAUUCAGCAUCUUGGGAGCCGAGGGGAUCCUCCUCAGCCGCCACACCGACACCGGCCGGGGGCGUGGAGAGGCCGCCUGCGCUUCGGGAAAGCGGCAGGAGGCAAACCGAAGCCCUGGCCGCGGGAAACGAAGAGCCGCUCCUCCAGAUCGCUCUGUCUGCCCGCAUCUAUCCUGCUCCUUCUUCCCGUUUUCUUUUCACCUGAAAAAAAUAAUUCAGGAAUUCAGAAAGAGAAGGAGGCGGCGGCGGAGGGUCGGGGGGGGGAAUCGGAGGAUACGGCGGGCUUGCAAGGGAGCGGAUCGUUUCUGGACAGCGGUGGGCAGAGUCGAGCAGCAUCUCCUCUCCUCGCGGAUACUGCAUUGACUGCCUGGCGAGCCCCCUUCGUGCGCUGAUCGAACAAUACAGGAGGCAGCAUCGCUCUUCUCUCUCUCUCUCUCUGCCCCCCCCUAAACCCGGCGUCUCUCCUUCCCCUCCUUCCCGCGCUCGCCCCCCCCCUCAGCCCGCCUGGAGGGAGGAAGGACCAAGAGUGAGGGCUUGCGGGGAAAGUUGCAAUUCACUUGCGGGGGGCGGGUGGAGGGAGUGCGGGGGCGAUGCCUCCUGAGUCUGAGCUGCUGCUGCUGCUGCAGGAGGAGGAGGAGGAGGGCAGAGCGGGCUUUUCUGGGGCCAGGAGGGAGCCAGCCCGGUGGGCAGCUGCGGUCAUACCCGGCUCCGACUGAAGGAGGAAGGCAGGAAGGGAAGCAAGCGCUGGAGUGCAAGCAUCAUCAUGAAGUCCUGGCCAUCUCAGGCGUUGGGGAUGCUGCUGGUCUGGGGCUCCCUGUGUAUUUGCCUUUCGGUAUUGGAAGACCCUGGCACCGAGGGGAUGAGCUCAACCUCUUUAAUGGACUUCACAUCCAUGUCCCACGUAGAGUCCCUGGAUUCGAGUGAACAGACCAACCUGGAAGUGGCUGAACCUGAGCUUGUCCCAAGUGCCCUGCAAGCCUCACCUGGGUCAGGAUUUUCCAGUGAGGAGAAUGAAGACACCAAGGUUUUACAGACACAGUAUUUUUGGGAUGAUGGUGGAGACAUCAAUGAUUCCAGUCUGUAUGUGGGGCCAGCAUCAGAUUAUAGUUUCCCACUUGGCUCCCAGAAGGCCUUGCCUAAAGGAAAUGGGACAAAGAUAGAAGACCUCCAUGAAGUGCCCUCUUUCCAUCCAUCACUGGAUUCCAUUGAACCUGACUCUGAAACACCUUCCACCAGUGUCCUUGAGGAAGAGGAAGGAUUACUUCCUAUAAAUCAGUCCAAGGGAGCUUCUCAGAGCAGCCCAAAGCCCAAAGUAACUUUUCCUGAAGCACCCAGGCAGGAUUCAUUGUACUCUAUCCUUUUCUCUACAACAGCCAGCAGAAUGGGCCCAGUAGCAGAGGUGGCUACAGCUAGACAGGAGGAAGAACCCACUCCUGAACAUGUUUCCUCAGGCUUUGACCUAGGUAGCAGCAUGGGCCCCAGUCUCUUGCCUCUGUCCUCCAUUUUGUCAGCCACUCCUAAAGGAUCUCAGCUUGUCUCAGAAAUUUCCCCCAGUAUGACUUCAGAAAGUGCAGUGGGAGCAGGAGAGGAGCUGAUGAAGACCACGACGACAACAGCUACAGUGAGAGGUGAUGUAAGUGAAGCGGAGACCACAGUAAGUAAGGAGAAUCAAAAGCCCACAGAAGGAGGAGGAAUGGGACAAGAAGGGACGAUGGUUAAAGAGGCCACUGAAGUGGCUGAAACAGAACAAGAGGGAGAAUAUCUUCUUACAACAGGAAUUCAUGGGAAUGGCACUCAAGCUACUGAGACGGUUACCAGGACUGCUAGCAGUCCAUCAAAGCCAAGCUCACCAGUCGAUUUCUGGGCCUGGACUGAUAAGCCAAUACCUACCCCUAUUUCCACAGAGAAUGUUACCAAGCUGCCAGUCACAGCAGCCACUGCAGGAGAACGGGGCUUUGUACCACGAACAGAUGUUCGCAUGGCUGUAUUGUCCACAGGAGUCCCCUGGAGUUUGACACAGGUGACUUGUAAGGACUGGAGCAACCUUGCGGGCAAAAACUACAUAAUUCUGAACAUGUCAGACAACAUUGACUGUGAGGAGUUCCGAGUAGAGAGGGGCCUCCAGUUGUUGGCAUUGGUAGAGGAUGCUUUCUCCAGGUAUAAAAACGGCUUGCAGGGCCAGUGGUUGAUUUCCCUAAGUAAACCCAAUGAGAACGACAAACACCUGCUAAUGACCUUGGCAGGAGAACACGGGGUUGUUCCAACAAAUGAUGUUCUCCUAGCAUUAGGUGACAUACGGAGGAGCUUAGCUGAGAUUGGAAUCCAGAACUAUACAACAACCACAAGUUGCCAGUCACGUCCCAGCCAGACCCACAGUGAUUAUGGGAAACUGUUUGUGGUGCUGGUCAUCAUUGGAUCAAUCUGUGUCAUCAUCAUUAUAAUGGGACUGAUUUACAAUUGCUGGCAGAGGCGCCUUCCCAAGAUGAAGAACAUGUCACAUGGUGAGGAACUACGGUUUGUCGAGAAUGGCUGCCAUGACAAUCCCACCCUGGAUGUAGCCAGUGAUAGCCAAUCAGAAAUGCAAGAAAAGAAACCGAGUGUGAACGGUGGGGGAGCUGUUAACGGACCAGAGAGUUGGGAUGUUCUCAUUAACAAGCGGCCAGGUGAAGAAGGAGAGGUGUUUGAGGAAGACACACACCUUUAAAAGAGGAGUCCUUGUGCUCUGAUUGCACUCUUGCUUGACUUAAGGGCCAUAUGGGGAGGGUGGCUCCUCAGGAACUCAUUUUUCAGGUUGGGAAUGGAUCUGACCAUCAUGGUCCCAAGGCACUAUCACAGUCCUGGAGCCAGAAGGGCCACCCUGAGCAGAGGGGGUGGGGGUGGGUGGGGCGUGUUUGUGUGUUGUCAGUAGCGCCAAUGCUUUAAUCACGUUUAAAAUGCACUUGCUCUAGUUCUUUUGUAGAAGUAGAGAAUGGCCAAGUUUUGAAAAUAAAUGGUAUCAAGGCUUAGUGCUGCCCCAGCCUUUAUUGAAGGAUUUGUCAGUUACAGGCCAGCUAUACGCAGAAGCAACGGGGUCCGCUGUCCAUCUCAAAAGGUGCAAUAAGAGGAGCAAUGAGGGAAACCUGUGCAUCUUUCUUCUUUUAAAAAGGGAAGCAGUGGAUUAAGACAGUCUUGUAAUUUGUCACUUAGGCUGUUGCCUAGCACAAGAAUCUACACCAAGUGGUUUGCUAGAUUUUCUGUUCCAUCUGCCAUGUGAUACACACAUACAAGUGGCUUGGGCUAAUGUAUCUUUUUGUAGGCUGAUGGGUUGUGGGUUUUUUUAACUUCUCUGUAUGAUUGUGUUAGCAGGCAAAGGUAUUCUUCACAGGCACCAAAUGUUCUGUAUUGUCCUAAUUCUAUAUUCCAACAAGGUACUGUAUCUCCACCUCCCCACUUGCCAUGUUCUUAGAAGUAGGAACUCCUGUGUAUCAACAUAAUUUUCUAAAAAUCUGAAUUAGAUCUAACCCUGAAUUGAUCUAGCUUGAGUGGUCUGAAUUAGGAAAAUGGUUUUUCUAAUGCAGAAUUCCUGUUGUGUCACCAAGGCUCCCAGACUGGCAGCUGGAGGGCUUAAGGGAGGAGAGUGGGCAUGACACCUUAUCCUGGGAGGUCCCUCUCACUUCACUUAAUGGAUUUACUAAACAAUAAGAAUGAUUAAUGCCCCUAGUAUUGUUGGACCUAUUUUGAAUGAAACAGAUGGGAAAGCUGAGGCCCUCUUCUGUACCAUGCAGUGAUUUUUGCUUUCAUUCUACCUUGCUAUAUGCCAAGGAUAUACCAGUCAGAAAAAAAUGAGGCUAGUUUAUCAAUGCCCUUGAGAUUAAAGUGAAGUCCUUUGCGAAUGUGUCUCUGAUAUGCCUUGGGCAAUUCAGAAUGCCCCAGGCUUCUCUGCAAGCUCUUCAUGAGAAACACUUGCAUGUGCAGAAUGUUAUCUGGCCUUCUAUAGACAGUGGGGUUGAUUUUGUCUAAGGAUGCGAUCAGAUGGGCAUUUAGCCUGUUGUUUGAUCUUCUGCAGGGACAUAUUCAUUCGCUCCUUUUUCUGGAAAUCACACAAUGUAAUCACUAGAGCAGGGGUCUCAAACAUGCGGCCAGGGGGCCAUUUGCGGCCCGCCCGAUGAUAGUUUGUG